AUGGUACCAAGCGAAUACUCCACCCCCGGUGGAGGCGGCAAAUUAAAACUGAAAGGCUCCAAGACCAGCAACGGUCGAAUAGAGAAGAAAAAGAAGAAGAGCAGCAGCAGCAGCAGCAAGAAAUCGUCGGUUCCAGGCAGUGGAGAGGAGAAUGAGCAGCAGAAGAAUCAGCAGGAGCAGCAACUUACAACGACAACAUCAGCGACGGCAAGUGGCGCUGAAGAGGAACCUCGCACUGAUGAACAUGAACCUUCCUCAGCAUCUGGCUCUGCGGGAGCUGGGAAGACCGAAGCGGAGAGGAAGUAUGAGGAGAUGAGGCGGAAGAGGCUGCAAGAGCGCCUGAAACGAGAAGGGGUCAAAACUCACAAAGAGCGCGUCGAAGAAUUAAACAAAUAUUUGAGCAGACUAAGUGAACAUCAUGAUAUGCCAAAAAUUGGACCGGGCUAA